AUGGCUGUGUCCCCCACACCUGAGCAGCAGGACUCUGUUCUUGACAUCACAGUGCAGACAAUUACAAACUCAAGUUUAGAUUCUGUGGCUGAGACACAUCGAGCAUUUGCCUAUGGCUAUGGGAUGGACAUCCUCUCUCUGGUCGUUGCCCUGAUUGGGCUGGUGGGGAACAGCAUCGUCCUGUGGCUCCUGAGCUUCCGCAUCCAGAGGAGCCCCUUCUCUGUCUACAUCCUCAACCUGGCUGGGGCUGACACCCUCUUCCUUGGUAGCUACUUUGGUUUUCGCAUAUGGAAAAUUGUUGGAGAUUUCAAAGCUCAGGUCCCAGUACUGACAGGGCUCUGUAUCCUUUACAUGCCCUAUUGUGUGGGCCUGAGCCUGCUGGCUGCGAUCAGCACCGAGCGCUGUCUCUCUGUGCUCUUCCCCAUCUGGUACAGAUGUCACCGGCCCAAGCACACCUCUGUGACUGUGUGCACGGUCCUAUGGGCUCUGCCUGGCCUGUUAUGCGGAGCAUUUGUAAUUCUUCAUUUCCUUGCGAAUCACCAUGUUUUCUACAUUUCCUUCCUCACUCUGCCCUUAGUCGAGUUUGGGUGGUUUGCCCUCCUCACCUGUGUGCUGUGCGUGUCCUGCCUGACCCUGGUGCUGAGGGUCCAGUGCAGCUCCCAGGGCAGGCGGCCACCCCGGCUAUACCUCCUGAUUCUGCUAACAGUCCUUGUGUUCCUGCUCUGCGGCCUGCCUUUGGGGAUUAUUGAUGCAGUUGAGUUUUUCAGCGGCUUCCCUUUAAUGCCUUAUGGGCUCUUAAGACUCUUGGCCUGUGUGAACAGCAGCGCAAACCCUUUCAUUUACUUCUUCCUGGGCAGCCAAUGGCAUAGAAGAGGGAGGGAACCCCUCAGGGUGGUCCUCCAGAGGGCCCUGGGGGAGGAGCAGGUAGGAGGUCGGGUUGGUGGGAGGGACACUUCCCACCCUGGAUAA